UUGUGCAGCUUCGAACCGGAAGUUGGGCUUGCAGCGCGUACACAUAGCAACGCAAAGACCGUUUUUAGGGUAAAUAAAAUAGAGACGUUAUUGCGGUGAAACGGGUUAAAAAUCAGGGCUGCACCAGACGAGUUUUGGGGGAAAUAUUUGGCAGAAUCCAGGAGCUUUUUGCACAGUUAUGCCUCGAAGAAAGAGGACGGCCUGCAGCAGCUCUGACGGUACGGAGGACUCGGAUUUCUCAGCCGAACACACGGACAGCUCUGAGAGCGACAACCACGCCGUGAAGACCACACGCCUCACACGCUCCUCUCUCAGACUCAGCCAGAGCGCACAAGCCCCGGUCGUGGUGGUGGAUUUCUCAGCUCGCCGUGUGACCCGUAGCCAGCGGCACGAAGAGCCGGCCCCACCCAAAAAAUACCCUCUGCGCCAGAACCAGACGGAGAGCGAACGUCACAACGAGGUUUCAGACCGGGCGUCUGCUGUGAAGCAGGACGACUCUCCUCCCCGCACCCCCACAGGUUUGGCACGUUCCUCGGAGUCCGACGCCGACGUCUCCAGCCCUAACGCAUCCCAAGACGAGAGGCUGGCUAAAGAGCUGUCAAUCAAAGAGUCAAGCCACGCCCACCGACCCAAACGUCGCCGCUUCCACGAGAGCUACAAUUUCAACAUGAAGUGUCCCACACCCGGCUGUAACUCACUCGGUCACCUGACAGGAAAACACGAGAGACACUUUUCCAUCUCCGGCUGUCCCCUUUAUCACAACCUAUCAGCGGACGAGUGCAAGGUCAAGACGAGCUCUCGGGAUAAACCCGCGGAGGAGAGGACGCUGUCUCAGAGCCAGGACGAGAACCGACACUUCACGCGCCAUCAGAUGCGCUACAAAGAGAAAGUGACUGAGAUGAGGAGGAAGAGAAACUCGUCUGCAGUCAAGGAGCAGAAAGAUAAAGACACAGAGGACACUCGGAGCACCAGCUGUACCCAUGAGCCUCUGCUGGAGAACAUUACGAGUGAUUACGACCUGGAGUUGUUUAGAAAAGCACAGGCACGUGCCUCGGAGGAUCUUGAGAAAAUGCGUCUCCAGGGUCAGGUAGCCGAGGGCAGCAACAUGAUCAAAACGAUCGUGUUCGGCUGUUAUGAGCUGGACACCUGGUACCACUCGCCGUACCCGGAGGAGUACGCCCGCCUCGGCCGCCUCUACAUGUGCGAGUUCUGCCUCAAAUACAUGAAGAGCCAGACCAUUCUCAGACGACACAUGGCGAAGUGUGUGUGGAAGCAUCCACCUGGAGAUGAGAUCUACAGGAAAGGCCCCAUCUCGGUUUUUGAAGUGGACGGCAAGAAAAACAAGAUUUACUGCCAGAACCUGUGUCUCUUGGCGAAGCUCUUCCUCGACCAUAAAACUCUGUAUUACGACGUGGAGCCGUUUCUGUUCUACGUGAUGACCGAGGCAGACAACACGGGGUGUCACCUGGUCGGCUAUUUCUCCAAGGAGAAGAACUCGUUCCUGAACUACAACGUAUCCUGCAUCCUGACCAUGCCACAGUACAUGAGGCAGGGCUACGGCAAAAUGCUCAUCGACUUUAGUUACUUGCUGUCCAAGGUGGAGGAGAAAGUGGGCUCUCCUGAGCGCCCCCUGUCUGAUCUGGGUCUCAUUAGCUAUCGGAGCUACUGGAAAGAAGUGCUGCUGCGCUACCUGCAUAACUUCCAGGGCAAAGAGGUGUCCAUAAAAGAGAUCAGCCAGGAAACGGCGGUGAAUCCGGUCGACAUCGUCAGCACGCUGCAGUCGCUCCAGAUGCUGAAGUACUGGAAAGGAAAGCACCUGGUCUUAAAGAGACAGGACCUGAUCGACGAGUGGAGAUCCAAAGAGACGAAGCGAGGCAGUGGAAAGACGAUCGACCCCGCGGCACUGAAAUGGAGUCCACCAAAAGGAACCUAACGGACAUCAGCACCUCCCCGACACUCCUGUCUUCGCACUGUAGUCACUGUUAGAGCCUGCGUGAGGCGCUAGUGCAUGACUAGUUUCAGACGUAUUGCGCUAAACAAACAGUAGGUCAGUGUUUCCCUGAUCCUGUCCUCCUGCUGAAGUCACGUUAAAACUGUGAGGUCUACAGGAACUUCUCAGAGACACGCUAAUGAUCACAUGAUGCUCAUGUCAGUACUGAAAGCUUUUCAGUUUGUUACAGCUGUUCUGAACCCCCUUUCAGUCUAUUAUAUCAGUACUGAAAAUGCUUCACUACAUUACUUCUGCACUGAAACCGCUUUCAGUACGUUAAAUCAGAACCCAAACCCAGUUCAGUACAUAAUGUGGCUACUGAAAGCCCUUUUAGCAAAUUACGUCGCUACUGAAACGACUUUCAGUACAAUAUAUCACUACUGAACCCCCUUUCAGCUAAUUAAGUUGCUGAUACAUCACAUUAUGUCGCUAUGGAAAAACUUUCAGUACGUUACACAGCUACUGAAACCCCUUACGGUUACUUUGAUGCUCAAAACCCCUUACGGUUACUUUGAUGCUCAAAACCCCUUACGGUUACUUUGAUGCUCAAAACCCCUUUCGGGUACUUUGAUGCUCAAACCCCAUUCGGUUACUUUGAUGCUUAAAACCCCUUUCGGUUACUUUGAUGCUUAAAACCCCUUUCGGUUACUUUGAUGCUUAAAACCCCUUUCGGUUACUUUGAUGCUCAAAACCCCUUACGGUUACUUUGAUGCUCAAACCCCUUUCGUUACUUUGAUGCUCAAACCCUUCGGUUACUUUGAUGCUUAAAACCCUUUCGGUUACUUUGAUGCUUAAAACCCUUACGGUUACUUUGAUGCUCAAACCCCUUUCGGUUACUUUGAUGCUCAAAACCCCUUACGGUUACUUUGAUGCUCAAAACCCCUUACGGGUACUUUGAUGUUCAAACCCCUUUCGAUUACUUUGAUGUUCAAACCCCUUUCGAUUACUUUGAUGCUCAAAACCCCUUUCGAUUACUUUGAUGUUCAAACCCCUUUCGAUUACUUUGAUGCUCAAACCCCUUUCGGUUACUUUGAUGCUCAAACCCCUUUCGGGUACUUUGAUGUUCAAAACCCCUUUCAGUUACUUUGAUGCUCAAAACCCCUUUCGGGUACUUUGAUGUUCAAACCCCUUUCGGUUUCUUUGAUGCUCAAAGUAUUAUUUCACUACUGAAACCCUGUUCAGUACACAAUGUCGAUUAUGCUGAAUCUUUCAGCACGUUACCUCGGUACUAAAACUCUUUCCAAUACAUUACAUUGUUACUGAAACCCCUUUCAGUACUUUUCCGUUCCCGAAGCCACUCGUACCGUAUGAAACACCUGAGCAGGAUUGGGGAAACGCUGAUCCAGACCUCUCCAGGUGCUGAUAGAAACGUUUCUAGCAUAGGAACCACUUCCUGUAACUUCUUUUACCGCCAUCGUCCUUCACCGCGUUCUUGGUCCUGCUUCUGCUGUGCACGUGAGCGGGUCUCGCUCAAACACACUCCUGAACAAAGACGCACUAACGUUUAAAGGUUAGGAUUAUCCGUCUUCUGUAAACGCAUCCAACGUGCAUCGCUAACACUUUAACAUUAGCAGAACUGCCUUCAUCCUAACUUUAUGAAUGGAAUAGCAGCUAAACAAGGUGGACGUGUGCCACUUAAAGGAGAAGUGGAGCCAAAAAUAAAAUCUCCACAGUUUUCCACUUCAACCUUCAAAUCUUAUUAGCGUAAAUAAUUAGCCGUUACAGACUCAGUGUUUUUUUUACUUUUACUACAUACACUGUAAAACCAAAAGUAUUGGGACACCUGAAACCCGUGGUUCCUCCCCGAAAGCCUGAAGUUCAAGGCACACAAUUAUAUAGAAUGUCUUCAGAUGCAGUAGCAUUUAAAUGUCCCCCUUCACUUAAACUACCCAAAAAAACCUGUUCCACCAUGAUGAUGCCCCUGUGCACAAAGCCAGCUCCAUGAAGAUCUGCUUUGCAUGGGUUGGAGUGGAAGAUCUCCUGCGAUAGAGCUUUAACCCUCAACCCUAUUCAAAAAGAAUCACACAAAUCUCCAUAAGAUACAUAACAAAAUCUGGUGGCACAUCUGUCCAGUCUUAUGGUGGGGUCUCCACAAACUUUUGGCCACGUUGUGUAUUUUCGAAUACAUCUGGGGACCGUGAAAUUCUGCUCCAGGCGUAUCUUUAAGUUAAUUUUAAUUGUGUGUGUGUGUGUGUGUGUGUGUGUGUGUGUGUGUGUGUGUGAGAGAAAGCAUGUGCACUGAGCUCCUGUUUGGAACCUUGUUAUCAGAUUUGGUCACUAGAGGUCGCUAAAGGUGACUAAAAGGUACUCGAUCUUGACGGUUAAAUCAAAUAAGCUCCACAACAUCUGGACCAUCUGGAUCGAUUUUACUUAUUUAUAUCACACUGAGCUCAUCCAGAAAACUUCUGUUUAACUUCGAUUAAUGUCCAGGAGUUGUACCAAAUAACCCAUAUUUAUCAUUAAUUUAUUGUUAUUGUUGACCCAAAUAUGGACUUUUAAACAAAAGAAAUAACAAUAAAAUGCACUUAUUUUGUAAGCUAAUGACUAACAUGGCAGCUUUAGAUGCUCUGACCCCCUGAGCCGUUUAUGUCCUGGGUCAGGUGUGUGUGUGUGUGUGUGUGUGUGUGUGUGUGUGUGUAAUGAGAUGCAGAAUAAUUUCCCUCACUUCCUCUCACUCUUCAUAAUGCACUCGAAGCACCCCUGCAUGGUCCUGAUGUCAGUGUGCAGUGUUUCCUUCUACUUCCUUAUCGAAAUAAACUGACCGGAUUAAAA